GGUGAAUCACCCCAAUAUCUUACAACUGAUUGACACAUUUGAAACGAGGAAGGAAUUCUACAUUAUCCAAGAAUUGGCUACUGGCGGCGAUGUUUUUGACUGGAUUCUAGACCAGGGCUACUACACAGAAAAGGAUGCCAGCAACGUUGUGCGGCAAGUGCUGGAGGCAUUAGCUUAUUUACAUAAUCUGCACAUUGUUCACCGCAAUCUAAAGCUGGAGAAUCUUAUGUACUACAACCAGAAUAACCGCUCAAAAGUGGUUCUGCGGGAUUUUUAUCUUUCACGCUUUGAGAAUGGUGCCAUCACAGAACCAUGUGGGACUCCUGAAUAUUUAGCUCCUGAAGUGGUUGCUCGGCAACGCUACGGACGUCCUGUUGACUGCUGGGCUGUUGGAGUUAUCAUGUUUAUUCUGUGA